AAUCAAAAAAAAAGGAAAGAAAAAAAGAAAGCAAGAAAUAAUGAAAGAUGGUGAGAGUGAGUGAGAGAGAGAAAGAAAUAAGAUUGAAAAGAAAGCCAAAUUCAUUUUCACUUUCUAUCAAAGGAAAAAAAAGAAGAAGAAGAGAAGAAGAAGAUGAUGAAGAAGAAGAGAGAUAACAGAAAAAGAAUAAUAGAGAUAAAGAACAGAAGAAAACAGGAAAAGGGUUGUUCAUAAUUGGCUUUAUAUAUGUGUGUGUGUGUUUAUAUAUACAUACAUACAUACAUACACUGAGCUUUUUUAGGUUUUUGUUUUGUUUUGUUUUGCUUUGCUUUGUUAUAUAUUGUAAGACUGCAGCAGUUGCAGAAGAAGUCUCUGCAAAUUUUGCUGUUUUUCACUCUCAAAAAUCUAAUCUUUGUGACAGUGUCUCUCAUCAAAACACACUCUUUCAGUACCAAGUUGAUUUGCUUGCAGAAGCUAAAGAUAUAAAUAUAUACAUAUAUGUAUGUGUGUAUAUGUGUGUGUGUAUAUAUAUAAACACUGCUUGCUGCACUAAUUGGAAAGGCACCCAACAAACAAGAUCUCUCUUUCUUUUCUCUCUUUCCAAAAACCCUUUCUUUUAUAUCUUCUGCUACAAAUUCAGAGAUUUUUUUGACCCCACUUUUCCUCUUCUUCUACCUUAUAUAACACCCACAUAGAUAGAUAUCUAUGUAUGUUUUAUGGUAAGAAAAGAUUUUUUCUUUUAUUACAAAGGAAGGAAGAUAUAUUUUUGUUAUUUUUUUGUUGUUGUCAUUGUGGCUACCACAAGAGGGCAGCUACCGUCAGAUACAGGAGGAACCUUUGCAGAUUGGGCGACGUCAUCGUCCACAGCAAUUCGAGCUGGCCCCGAUGAUUUAUUAUCACUCGGUUUCAAUCCCAACGCCGCUUCUCCGGCGGCGACUGCGGCGGCUCCGGCUCAAUGGCCUCCUUCUGCACGUCCGAUCAACAAUGGACUUGCUGGUCCUGAGAUGGGGAUGGUUGGUCUACGGGACUUUGUCGUCGUUGCUCCUGCUGCUUCUUUUAACCAUCAUCAUCAUCACCAUCAUCAUCAUACUCAAGAUCCCAUCAUGGUGAAUGAACAAAUCAACGGUCCGAGUUCCGCCGCCGCCGCUGUCACCGCACUAGGUGUCGGUGUUAUCCCACUUCUUACAGCGGCUCCUUGUUUACCUCCACAAAAUGUGGAAGACACUGGUAAGUUCAGUGGGAUACAACUAUGGCAGAACCAAAGUUCUUCACAUUAUCUUAAAAAACCAGCUUCAUUCCUUGAUAAUAGUAAUCCCUCCAUGAUGGCCGGUGACGGCGGUGGAAUGGGUGGAGGUAGCGGUGGUUCUGGUUCUAGUUCAGGGGCAACAUGUCAAGAUUGUGGGAAUCAAGCUAAAAAAGAUUGCACCCAUAGAAGAUGUAGAACAUGUUGUAAAAGUCGAGGCUUUGAUUGCCCUACUCACGUUAAAAGUACAUGGGUACCCGCUGCUCGGAGAAGAGAACGCCAGCUCAUGUCGGCCGCCGCUACAACCGCCGGAGCUGGCUCAUCGGGGUCUACUUCCGGUGCUAAAAAACCAAGGCUUGUAACUUCACAAACCACCACCACUUCACAUACAUCAACUUCAAAUACUACCCCUCCUCGAAGCUUUGAUACAAGCUCGAGCCACCAAGAUGUUGGUUUGAAAGAGACAUUGCCGGGGCAAGUCCGUGCGCCUGCGGUGUUCAAAUGCGUACGAGUAACGGCAGUUGAGGGCGGUGAAGACGAGUACGCAUAUCAAGCCGUCGUUAAGAUCGGUGGACAUGUGUUCAAAGGGUUUCUUUAUGAUCAAGGAGUUGAAGGAAGAGAUGGGUUUCCAAAUAUAUCUGAAUUGCAUUUAGGUGGUGGUGGGAGAAAUGCCGGGUCGUCUUCGUCACCUGGUCUCGAUCCUUCCGACGUUUAUGCCGCUACUGGUGGUGGUUUUCUCGGUGGUGGUUUGGGUUAUGGUAAUCCAAUAAACUGAGUUUUGAAAAGAAAAAACUCGUGAAGAUGAUGCAUUGUAGUCUAUUCUUCAUAAGAUUUUUGGUACAUUCUUGCUUUUGUAGAACUCUUGAAUCUCAUAUAUUUACAAUGGUCUCAAAAAGGGUUAAUUUAUGUUCUUUUUAUCAAAUUCCGAACUUCGAAUAGAAGAUUACAUAGGUAAGAAGAAGAAAUUAAUGUUUGUUCAUUGUAAUGUGCUUUUUUGAUCAUCAAAUUAUGACAUUGUGUUAAGUGUAUUUAUGUAACUAUUUAUGCUGGUUUUGUUUUUCA